AUGGCUGACGAAGUUUACGAGGGUGCCAUUGGUAUCGAUCUUGGUACCACUUACUCCUGUGUUGCUAACUAUGAGGGAACCAAUGUCGAGAUCAUUGCCAACGAGCAAGGUAGCUUCACCACUCCAUCUUUCGUUUCCUUCACCGACAAGGAACGUUUGAUUGGUGAGUCUGCGAAGAACAACGCUGCCAUGAACCCAAAGAACACUAUCUUCGAUAUCAAGCGAUUGAUCGGAAGACGUUUUGACGACCCACACACCACCAAAGAUAUCCAAUCAUGGCCUUUCACUGUCAUCGAUAAGGAGGGAUCUCCUUUCGUCCAAGUUGAGUACCUCGGAGAGGAUAAGGUUUUCUCCCCUCAAGAGAUCUCAUCUAUGGUUUUGACCAAGGCAAGUACUCCCGCUGCUCGCGAAAUUGCCGAAGUUAAGUUGGGUAAGAAGGUCACAAAGGCUGUCAUCACUGUCCCAGCCUACUUCAACGACAACCAACGUCAAGCUACCAAGGAUGCUGGUGCCAUCGCCGGUCUCAACGUCCUCCGUAUCAUCAACGAGCCUACCGCUGCUGCCAUUGCCUAUGGUCUUGGUGCCGGAAAGUCCAACAAGGAGCGUAACGUUCUUAUCUACGAUCUCGGUGGUGGAACUUUCGAUGUUUCUCUUCUUAACAUCCAAGGUGGUGUCUUCACUGUCAAGGCAACUGCCGGUGACACCCAUUUGGGAGGUCAAGAUUUCGAUACCAACUUGCUUGAUCACUUCAAGAAGGAGUUCACCAGAAAGACCAAGAAGGACAUGUCCAACGAUCCCCGUGCCCUCCGUCGUCUCAGAACUGCUUGCGAACGUGCUAAGCGAACUCUCUCCAACGGUGCCUCCACCACCGUCGAGAUUGACUCUUUGUUCGAUGGUGAGGACUUCAAUGCCCAAAUCACUCGUGCCAGAUUCGAAGACCUCAACUCCAAGGCCUUCAACGGUACUUUGGAGCCUGUUGCCCAGGUCCUUAAGGAUGCUAAUAUCGAUAAGAGCAAGGUUGAUGAGAUCGUCCUUGUCGGUGGUUCUACCCGUAUCCCAAGAAUUCAAAAGCUCUUGAGCGAGUUCUUUGAUGGAAAGAAAUUGGAGAAGAGCAUCAACCCUGAUGAGGCCGUUGCCUACGGUGCCGCUGUUCAAGCUGGUAUCCUUUCAGGAAAGGCUACCUCUGCCGAGACCGCUGACCUCCUCCUUUUGGAUGUUGUUCCUCUCUCCCUUGGUGUUGCCAUGGAGGGUAACAUCUUCGCCCCUGUUGUUGCACGUGGACAAACUUGUCCUACUAUCAAGAAGAGGACCUUUACAACUGUUUCGGAUGGACAACAAACUGUCCAAUUCCCAGUCUUCCAAGGUGAACGUGUUAACUGUGAGGACAACACUUCCCUCGGAGAGUUCACCCUUGCCCCAAUUCCUCCAAUGAAGGCCGGUGAAGCCGUCCUCGAGGUUGUCUUUGAGGUCGAUGUCAACGGUAUCUUGAAGGUUACCGCCACUGAGAAGACCUCCGGACGUAGUGCCAACAUCACAAUUUCCAACUCUGUCGGUAAAUUGUCAUCUUCCGAGAUCGAGAAGAUGGUUGCAGAUGCCGCUGAGUUCAAGACCAGUGAUGAUGCUUUCAGCAAGAAAUUCGAGUCCAAACAACAACUCGAGUCAUACAUUUCAAGAGUCGAGGAGAUCAUUUCCGACCCAGUUAUGUCCAUCAAGUUCAAGCGUGGUAACAAGGAGAAGAUUGAGUCUGCAUUGAGCGAUGCCAUGGCUCAACUCGAGAUUGAGGAUUCCUCUUCUGAUGAUUUGAAGAAGAAGGAACUCGCAUUGAAGAGAGCUGUCACCAAGGCCAUGUCCACUCGUUAA